UGCCACCGGUGCGCCCCGCCGCGCUGUGCAAGAAGAUGGCGGGAUCGGUGGCCGACAGUGAUGCCGUUGUGAAACUAGAUGACGGGCAUUUGAACAACUCCUUGAGCUCUCCAGUUCAAGCCGACGUGUACUUCCCACGACUGAUAGUUCCAUUUUGUGGGCACAUCAAAGGUGGCAUGAGACCAGGCAAGAAGGUGUUAGUGAUGGGCAUCGUAGAUCUUAACCCCGAAAGCUUUGCAAUCAGCUUGACCUGUGGUGACUCAGAAGAUCCUCCAGCUGAUGUGGCAAUUGAACUCAAAGCUGUGUUCACAGACCGGCAGCUACUCAGAAAUUCUUGCAUAUCCGGGGAAAGGGGUGAAGAACAGUCAGCAAUCCCUUAUUUUCCAUUCAUCCCAGACCAGCCAUUCAGGGUGGAAAUUCUUUGUGAGCACCCACGUUUCAGAGUAUUUGUGGAUGGACACCAGCUUUUUGAUUUUUACCAUCGCAUUCAAACGUUAUCUGCAAUUGACACCAUAAAGAUAAAUGGGGACCUCCAGAUCACCAAGCUUGGUUGAUGUUUACACCACCUCUAUUUCAAAUAGGAUCAGGUGCCACAACUAUCUGUCAGUCUGGAAGAAGUAUCCUACCAAGAUCUGGAGACUUAAAAAGAAAACAAAGAGCAAGCUUUACUGUCUCUUCUUUCUGUGCAGUUUAAAUCCAAAAUGACAAUCUUCAAUCAUGGAUUGCUAUUGGGAAGCUGUUGGGACAAAGAUACCAAGCCAUUAGUCCCAGAACAAAGUAAUACAUUUUUGCUGGAUUUCAUUCAGACUAAACUAAAAUGGAUUUGUAAUGAUUUGUGAUCUGGUAGCAAAUGAUUCAUCUUUUCAAAGCAAAGUGAUGUUUAGAAACAAAAGUGCUAAAGACACUCGAAAAACAACAACGGUACACCGAAAUCAACACAUUUCUGCACUGAAGUGGAAUUGUGUAGCACAACCCACAUUUUAGUCAGGGUAUUUACAUAGAAUGUAGGUUGUUCAAGGUUUGGUUUUUUUGUUGUUGUUGUUUGUGUUUUUUGUUUAUUUGGUUGGUUUUUUUGCACAGCGUAAUGUUAAUUCAGAUUUUUGAAGCUUUCCUGUAGUUAUUUAUUUAUACUCAAUGUAUGUAUUAGAGAAUGAGCAAUGUCUCAAGAACAGCAAGUUAUAAACUUUUGAAUGUACAAAUAUCUUAGGUCCGAGAGGGGAAAUUACAUAUUACAGUUAUGAAACAGGUAAAUUUCUACCUUAAAGAAUUGAAUUAUAUUCUCCUACCCCUUACCUUAGGAUCUCUUGGUAUAAAUUACUAUAAUAGUUUUUGGGGAAACUUUGAAGCAUUUUGAUAAAAUUUCUUUCAAGUUAUUACUGAUUAUGUAACACUGUUUACAUUGCUUUUUCUCCUAACUGUGAAUUGGCACAGGAUUGGCUUCCUUAACACUGAUUAACUACUUCUCCAUAGAUUUAUAUAAUAGCUCAUUCAGUUGUUAUUAAAUUAAUUGAAAACAUAAAAGGUGAUUGCAUAGGCAAUUUUUUAAAUGACUAUUAUAUAAACUUUUAAAAGACUAAUAUGAAAAGGAUUCUGGAAUGCAGUGUAAAACAGAAGCAAAUGGCCCCGAAUAACUUACUUGGAAGUAAUUUAUAUCAACUUAAGCUGUUAGCUCAUUGUGUAACUUUUCUUAUGUUACCCUCACCAAUAUCCCUAAGUAAAACCUCUGGAGCUUCAGAGUAGAAGAGGCUUCCUACUUUGCUGGCUCUGAGAAGACAGGAUUAGAUGGGAUCCAGAUUAGGAAAUGAUCCAGUUAGUUUAUCUGAAAGGUUAACUCCCAGGACUCCGGGUCUUUGAGUCUAGCCAAUAGUGGAAAUGCUUCCAAUUAAGCUGUAGGAAUUUCCUUGCACUUGUGGAACUGAUCAAACAGGAGUAGAGUGACUCCAGCAGGAGGCUGUAGUACUGUAAAUGUCACCACAAGGCAAGAGGUGGUUGGAGUUCUGGGUCCUGGACUUUACAAGCUGCAUGGGCCCUGGAGAGAAGGAACAUUGGCCUUGCUUUGGUCAGGUAGUAGGGGAACACAAGGGUGCUGGGGUGGGGGUGUAUUUAUGUAUAAUUUAGGUUUUGUUUGUACAGCAUUCUGUGUCUUGUAAUGACAUGUCCUUGUCUUGCUUUGCUUUUAGGUUUUUUUACACAACAUGCAGAGGCACUGAAGUGGCUAUGCCAUUUUCACGUGUCGAGAAUGUAGACAGUGUUUCAGUACCAAAGGCUAAGAUAAAGCAAACUAAAAUUAUGAAUUUUUUGCAGGUGAUAUAUUUGGAUUCUUCUCAACUUUGAAACUGUUUAGCACAGUUCCACUGUGUUGUAUAAGAAGAUCCUUUCUCCAACAAGACUGGCUGUACAUUGAAAACCUCUAUGUACAAGCUGACUUAUUCAGCCAUUUUCAGCCAUGAGGGCUGUUCUGUGGCUCCAGGUAUUUUCAAGCCUGUGAUUAACUUCUCAUGGCUUGUCACUAAAAAGCCACUAAAUUUGGGGGUGUGUUUGUAGAGAGGGCACCCUGAAGUAUAUUGAUAGGAGUUUUGAUUCCCUUAUGGUGGAAGACUUCCAUAGGAGGACUCCUUCAAGUGGCUACGAUUCCCACCCACUGCAUAAUUCAGCAGAAACUAGAGGCGCAGGGAGUGUAACUGAUUGGAAUUGACACUCUGGUUCUCUCCACCUCUCAGCUAACUCCUUAGCAGCUUAGUGUGAAAAUGCAGUGUUAACCCUUUGUUUCUCUGUGAGGUCAGUGGGAACCUCUUUGAUAAGCCUAUUUGGAUUCAUGUAAAUGAUGCGAUGAUUUAAUUCAGAUAUAGCUAUAUUAGUAGGGGUCUAAUCCAGCUGUACUAACCAUUAGCUAUAAACUGAAACAAUGUUCAUACCCUCUCCUCAGCCUGUGAGGUCUAAGGUGAGAAUUUCAGGAAAGAAAGUGCAAUUUAAAGCUUCACAGGGAAGUAUUUGGGAAUGUAAGGAGUUAUUUCUGACCAGAGCCCUAGUUUUGCAAUAACCAAAACCAAGGAGUAUAAAUAACAAUCAGGCUCUGGGGAAAUAAAAGGCAGGCUUUAGACAAUCUGUCCGUUUCUACUGCAAAAUUGGAGUGAAUGUGUAUAUCUGCUUAAAAGUUAAUAGAAAUGAAUUCUACUUUUUGGGCUAUUCCCCCAAAUUGUUAUUUUUUUUAAAUUUUGAAACCCCAUUUCAAAUCUUGCCAACCUCAGUUCAAAACCCCCUGAGAGAUCACUUUUAGAAUUGAUGAUUUGUUAAAAUGGCAAAUCAUUUCAUUUGUGUUAAAAAGAAAAUAUCCUAAAAGAGGGAGGGAGCCCUGUUUCCUUGAGAGAAACAGCCUUGGCAUUUUCCAGCGUUAAUGUAGAAAUAAUGUUCCUAUGAUGACAUAUUUUCAAAGAAACACUUUCUUAUUUACUGCGUGGUGUAAAAUGUUGCUAAAUGUGUUAUUACAUUAUGUCACUGCUGAAAGUUAUUUGCACUAUAAUAAAGGAAUUUUAUACAAAA